AUGAGUGGAUUUCAUUCUACGUCAGCUCUCACGCAAAGUGCGGACGACAGUCAGACCUCCUUGCCAAUUUUUUCGACGAAUAUCCGGCGUGGCGGCUCCGUCGUUCGCGCGUGGGAUCGCCUGAAACACUUUUGUGAUGAAAACUAUGAAGAACUUCGCGAUACUCUCAAUUGGCCUGCGACUCAGGAACAGCUUGCAAUGCUUCAACAUGGGAUUCGACAAACUCUUCCACAGGCCGUUUGUGAGUGGCUUCUUUGCUGCGAUGGACAGGAAGUCGAGUCUCUUGCAACGUGCAAAGAUGGCCUGUUUUUUGGUUUACCGUUUCUUGGCACUGAUGAUAUUUUGCGUGAAUGGCAGUUUUGGCGUCACGUUGACAAGGAUGCAGAAACAGGUGACAACCCACAACUUCGUCGGCACAUGAGAUCUUGCCCACCAGGGCGCGUACGCCAAGAGUAUUCGCAUCCAGGCUGGAUUCCCCUCGUCGCAGAUGGCAUGGGGAAUUACCUGGGUGUGGAUUUGUCGCCUGAUCCGCGCGGCGAUGGCAAGCCAGGCCAAGUGAUCUUGUUUGGCCGUGAUUUUGAUACCAAAAUGGUGUUGUACGGCUGUGAUGGACCAGAAGGCUGGGCCAACUUUCUCUCUUUGUUUGUGGAUGAGUUGGAAAAAGGCACCUCGUUCGUGUUGGGCGAUUCGAAUCAAGAAGACUCCAUGGAAGAUGAUAUUGGCUACGAAUCAUACUUUACCGGCUCCGGCGAAAGAGCUGGCGAAGGCACAAUCCGGUUCCGGCUCGCAGGCAAAUACGCUCGAUGGCCCGUUCUCGAUAGCUGGUUCGACAAGUCUGCACUGGCCUGGGAAGUCGCAGGGUUUUCGCUACCAGCGCAUAAUGAGGCUCAUCAGAACCUUGCUGAUGAUAUCCCCGAUAUUUCCACUUCCUCAUCCACACACGACCCACUUGAUCCGUUACAAAAGACGCCCAAUCGCUCGCGCAAAUCGUCUGCAAAUAAUUCGCCAGCGCUGCCGAGAGAUAUGUCAUGGCCCGAUGGCAUUGGCAGCGGCUACAUGAACUCUUCCUCGCCAGUGAAACGGCGCGUGUUGCCGAAGCCCAGUCCAUUGACAGACUUACCCACCAUUGAAGACGUGCGCGCAAUCCAGGCGACGGAACUCGUUCAGCAUGCGCAUAAUCCGACGACUUUCAAUGGUCUUCGAGGCAAGUCGAAACGGAACUCUGCCUACAUAAACAUGUCGGUCCCGUCCACUACCGUCACAAUUGGUGAGAAUGUUGAAAUGUCUAUGCGACCGACGACUGGGCAAUCCACGGCCGAAGAAGACGUGGUUCCCUCGUCCACAAUCGACAUGUCCGGUGAUGUGUCUCAGUGGAAGCGUUCCAAUGCUCUUAAAAGCACAUCAAAACUCUUGGAUGCAUCGUAA